UCCACGGCGGCCGGUCCCCGCCGCGCCGCCACGAUGAUGUGCGGGGCGGCCUCCGCCACGCAGCCGGCCACGGCCGAGACCCAGGACAUCGCCGAUCAGGUGAGGGCCCAGCUUGAAGAGAAGGAAAAGAAGAAGUUUCCCAUUUUUAAGGCCGUGUCCUUCAAGAGCCAGGUGGUGGCAGGGAUGAACUACUUCAUCAAGGUUCAUGUUGGUGAUGAUGACUUCGUACACCUGCGAGUAUUCAGAAGCCUCCCUCAUGAAAACAAGCCCUUGACCUUGUCUGACUACCAGACCAACAAAGCCAGGCACGACGAGCUGACCUAUUUCUAAUUCCUGAGUUUGAGGAGGGCCCUUCGUCCACAUCACUCACACUUGAUAUGAUUCUCUGUUGUUGUGGGCAUGUAUUCGGGAUCACAGAAUAAACUUAAUCUCCAUGCUGUGCCACUUGGGGGGGAGGGGGCAGUAUUAAAUGGCUUCUCUUGCAUUUCUGUUCCUAAAUUUUAUUGUAUUGAUUUUUUUCUUCCCAAUCAAUGAUCUAAUUACUAUCAAAGAGGGUUAUAUAUUAUCUUUAAAUAUCUAUAUAUAUUUUGAAGUCUUUACAAAUUUCCUCCUUUGUUUUGGAUUUUUUUUUCUUCAUUUGAAACUGUAUUACAACCUAGAUGUGCCAGGAAGGUGAGAGUGACAGGUUGUGGUAUUCUGAUAUUUACACAUUAGAUUUCAUCCCCGGUUCUGGCUCAUAACUCACAUAACACUUGUUCUUUUGUUACAGUGCUGGGACGCUGUAGCCUCAGAAAACAGAGUUCCUUCUCUCUGACGUCUCCUGCCCUCCUUUCACUUGUUCUUUUUUCUCCCCGAGGCAGGAAAUCCUCUGGCCUAAGUUAGCCGAUUGUAGGUCAUAAGACCCCCGUUUCAGGAGGGGCCCUGCCCCAUGCCGGGAGGAAGGAAGGCUGCAGAGAGAGGCUGAGAAGAACCUGAAUAGACAGGCCUCGCUGGGCUUCCCACCCAGGCUGUUAGAUCAGACCCUUCUUGUCCAAAUAUGUUUUUACAUGGUUGUCCAUGCCUCAGUCAUGCCUGCAUAAUGAAGCUUCCACAGAAACCAGGAGCACAGGGUUCAGGGAGCUUCAGAUAGCUGAACACGUGGAGGUUCCUGGAGAGUGGUGCCCUGGGGAGAGCAUGGAAGCUCCAUGUCCCUCCCCCCAUACCUGCCCUGUGCACCUCUCCAUCUGUAUCUUUGUAAUAUCCUUUACAAUAAACCAGUCAACAUAA